AUGGGCGACCACUACCGGACGCUUGGGCUCGGGCGCGACGCCAGCAAAACUGAUAUCAAGAACGCCUACCUUCGCCUCGCCCAGCGCUACCACCCUGACCACCACGCCGAGGCCGCCGCCGCCGCUAGUGGCGAAGCCGCGGCUCGCUUCCGCCAGGUCAAAGAGGCCUAUGACGUCCUCUCCGACGAACGCCGCCGCUUCGAUUAUGAUUUGACCUACCGCCCCUCUUCCUCGUCCUCGAGUUCGAGUGGCCACGGACACGGACAUGGCGGGAACUCUUCGUCCUCCUCCUCCACGUCGUCAUCGUCAGGCCCUUGGUCAUCAUCGUGGUCUUCAAGUAAACACGGGAACUAG